CACCGCCUUUCUUUCUUCGUUUUUUUUUUGUUUGAAAAAGUUUUCAGAAAAACACAGAUAAUUGCCAUUGUUACAAUAAACAUGGAGAAGCAGCUACGUUCCAGUCUUCGAUCCUCAGCAGAGGAAUUUAUCGCUUCAGCUUCAAAAUUCGGCCUUAAAUCUUCAAGGUCAGCUCUUAAAACCCUAAUUCACGCCAUAAAUGCCUCUUCCGACCUCUGCUCCUCUCUACCUCUCUCUCUCAACACCUCCAUUUCUCAAGCUAUCGAAUCCUUUCGCAACCCUCCUCGGCCCAAAUCCGAACCGAUGUCUAACGGGAGUCCCGGUAAGUCGUCGCUCUCGCCCCCAACCAAACGCCACCGAAGAUCAUCUCGGAACCCCAGGACCCGGCUCGAACGCGACCCGGAACUCAAUUCGGCGCCUAAUUCAAAUGAUGAGAAGCAUAAAAUCACGCAAAGUCUCCAAGCUAUCACUUACAUUACGCGAUUGUGCGUUUCGCACCCGAAGAAGGUGUUUUCGCCGUUAGAUUUGUUGCCGGGGGUUCAAGGUUUGCAUGAUAAUCUGAUCGUUUUCGAGUCGGAUUCGGCGUUGUCGUCGGAGAUUGUGAACUUGUGCGAAGAGUGGUGGAAGGAGGAUUUGGCGGGUCGAGAAUCGUUGAUUUCUCAGUCACUUCCUUUCUUGAUGUCGAGGUCAUUGACUUUGAGUAAGAAGCAGGAUGUGUAUAGAGUAUGUGCCCUUCGCGAGGCCUUUAUUCUGUUUGAUUUCGAGGACGAAAGCAUUGAAGACCUCAAGCUUUUGUUGAUACGGUGUGUGAUUGCUCCAUUGUAUAUGAAAACAGAGGAAGGGAGGAGAUUCAUUGCUUUCGCUUUCGGACUAAGUAGGCAGCUGUUGAAGGAGUUUCUGGCCAUGAUUCGGUCUCAAAUUCCUUUCGGGAGUAAAUCAAUGCUGGAGGCUUAUGGUGACGUUUUGUUUCGAGCUUGGAAAAUCGCUGAGAUGGACACCAAGGAGGAGAUUGAAAAUGGGUUUUUGCAGGGUUUAGUAGAAAGUGCCAUAUAUGCAGGCUCUGCGACAUUGGCUGCUUCUGUAAGGAGAGUUUUGGGAGCUUUUAUUAAUCAGCGGACCACAAAUGGUGUCGAGAAGCUACUUUUCGGGCUUACUGAGCCUGUGAUAUUUCGGUCUUUACAGGUUGCAAACUCAAAUGUUCGUCAAAAUGCACUACAUCUGUUUCUGGACUUGUUUCCUUUUGAAGAUCCUGAUGCGACAAAGGAGGUGAAAGAUGCUUUGCUUGAUAAACAAUUUUACUUAUUGGAGAGAAUGCUCAUGGAUGACAGUCCUGACAUAAGAGUUGUUGCAGUGGAAGGUUCUUGCCGCAUACUGCAUUUAUUUUGGGAAAUUAUCCCUUCACCAACCAUCACAAAGAUACUAACAAAAGUUUUUAACGACAUGUCUCAUGACAUAUGCAAUGAAGUCAGGCUUUCCACAUUGAAUGGCAUUAUUUAUUUACUUGGAAAUCCACAAUCUCAUGAAAUUCUAAAAGUGCUUCUACCUAGAUUGGGGCAUUUGAUGGUUGAUAAUGUCCUUUCAAUACGACUAGCUGUGGUAGAUCUUCUCCUUGUCAUAAGGGAUAUUAGAAAUUUCCAGUUUCAUAAGGUGGUGGAGUUAGAUGUAUUAUUAUUUACACUAACUGAUGAUCAUUCUCAUGUCGCUCAGAAAAUAACAAAAUUACUUAUGCCCUCGUAUUUUCCCUCUAAAGCAUCCACUGAAGAGGCUUGUAACCGUUGUGUUACACUUAUAAAAAGAUCUCCGAUGGCUGGAGCAAGGUUCUGUGAGUUUGCUGUAUCAGAGGGGGCAUCUCUCAAGUCUGCCUUGGAACUUGUCAAAGUAAUCAUGAGCUUGGUCUUGUCACUUGAUAAGCUGCAAGGAGAUCACGUUAAUGGUUUUCUUCUUGCUGCUGCCAAUCUUUGCAGUAACCUUACCAGUGAGCCAAAAUACAAGGAUGCUCUUAGAGAAUUCUUUGCUGGCGAAAAAUUGAAGAGCUUGUUUGCUAAAGCAGCAUCUAGUCAGCAUGCUCAGUCUUCAAUAUUCAACAUUGCAUCCAUCAUAUCAGCGGAUGAUGUGAUUGAGCUUCUUGAUGGAUGCAUAAAUUUAAUAACAAAGUGUAGUGGUUUAUCAGGAGAUGUAGAAAGACAAGCUGAAGUGAGGUCUGCCCACAAGUUAUUGCUGUCUUGUAGUCAGCUUGAUAGUAUGCUCGAAGUUCUAACAUCACUUCUACAGAAAACAGCUUAUCGUUGCCACCUCAAAUUUGAUAUUGAAGUACCUAAACCAAGUGUUUUCUCUACGAAAAGAAAAAAAAUUAGGUCCUCUAGCAAAAUUAUAGAUCCGUGGAAAAAUGUCAGUAAAAAAAAGCCAGGCAAUUUUGAGGAGGACUAUUCAGUCUCUGUAGGAAUAGCCUGGCAAAUUGAAGACUUGCUUAAAUCAAUGGAUGGUAGGAAAGCUAUAUUGGAAUCUCAGAAUCUAGAACCACUAAUUCUAGCCUUAAAGGCCAUUUCUGAAAUCAGCAUUUUGCAGUGCACAAAUUGUGAAUAUAUGGACGUGUCGUCUGUUUUGGCAUACGCAGCUCUUUCAUUGCACAUGACUCUUGAAAAUGUUAGAAUAAGUAGUAUUUUAGAUUGUGGUAACAUGGGGAAUGAUAGCUCUGAUUCAAGUCUGAAGCAGACAAUUUUGGAACAGGCACUGGGCCACUUGCUCAACUGUACAGAGAAGCUAUUCCGAGCAGGUGACAUAGAAAAGUUGAGGAAACCACUUUCAGAGUCCAGGCAAGUGAAGAGUACUCGCAGAAAAAGGAACAAGGAACCAGAAGCAGAUGCCACUGGUCUAAGUGAUAAUGGAUCUGUCUGUACUGAAUCAAAAAGGUUGUCAAAUAAGGUGAAAAUGCUUACUUCAGUUCUCAAAUUCAUGGCUGAUGCUACUACAAUGGGUUUUGUUUUUCAUAAUCACGAGUGGUGCUUAAAAUUCACAUCAGACUAUUUGCGGCAUAUUGCAUCGACCUUAAGGAAGCAACCAAAUAACCUGAAUCAUUUUGAAGAGGAUGAUGGGAAAGAUAUAAUUCUGUGUCUGAAGAGCUCCCUCACCUAUGGAGCAAAACUACUCAAUCUAGCUCUUAAAGACGUCACAGAAACUUCACCACCUAGGCCACAAACUUUUGUUCUUGCCAAUGACAUGCUUGAUCUACUGACCUCAAUUGAACAACAUCUGGGCUCCAAUUAUGCUGCCAGGCUUGUGGCGGCAGCUAAGCCUUGGCUGCCUGAUUUGAUUCUGGCAUUAGGAUAUGGGCACAUGUUGAAACAGUUACAGGGAGAAGUGGCACAAAGGACUGUCCUCGAUUCCUUCAGGGUCCAUUUUCCACUGUGGCUCUUGGCCUUGGCUAAGAUUGAACUAGCUGAGCUGAGCAAAACUGAACUUGACGAGGAGGAUGAAACAGUUUCUGAACCAGAAGAACUACUUGCUUUCAAGAAACUUUUGGAAAUGAUUCUCGUUUUGGUGAAAGGAAAUCCCAGCAUUCUUGAUGCUGCUGGUGAAAUUUUCUUGGUUGGCUCCUUAGUCAGGUUGGAAGGGAAAGAUUAUGGGUUGGUAUUAGGACUUGUACACUUUGUAUGUGUCAAGUUAUUCAGACAUGGUGACAAAGAGUGGGGUGAUAUAAUGUUGGCCUCUCUGCAAAGUAUAUAUCCUCAGAUUGAAAGACACAUUGAAGAAGAAAGUGAUGAAGAUGGAAAGCAGAAAUUAGAGAGUGCGAGAGUAUUGCUUGAACCUGUUUGGAUGUAUCAUGUUUAUGAAACGGGGAAAGUUUCUGAGAUGGAAGAAUAGUUGGAAACUUUUGCAAAGUUUUUCAUAAAUGAGAAAGAAAAGGAUAUGAUAAUCCUUACUUUAAUGCUGUUUCUUUCUUGGUUACAAUUUCCACGUACUUGUAAUAAUGAGAUAAUGAAGUCUUUUAGUAAAGAAAUACAACCAAAAAUCACUGGGAAAUUUGACCAUAACAUUACAUAAUAUAAAAACAAGUUUAAAAAAUUGUAAAAUUUUGACCAAGCUGCCUUAACAUUCAAAGAAGGUUAUCUCUCUCUUCCCCUUCUCUCUUUCUCGAAUUCCCCCCUCUUUCACUCUCUUCAAAUUAGAACAUUGAAGCACUUUUAUAUAUAUCUAUAUAUAUAUAUGCAGGGUAUACCAUUUUGCACUCAGUAUUUUGCAAACGCUACUAAUUAUUUCUGUAUUUUGCUAAAUAUGAUAAUUCAGUAUUUUAUAAAAUAGAACAAAUUAAUCCCUGAUUGAUUUUGGUUAAAUAUUUUUUAACAUGACCAAAAUGCUUUCAUAUUUUAUUAAUUAAUUAAUUUAAUAAUAUAAAAAAUAAAUAAAAUAAAAUUUUAAUUAUUAAAUACAUUUAAAUGAAUUAAAAUAUAAAUAUAAAUUUAAUGAAUUAAAACAUAUCUAACAUAAUCAGAUUAAAUUAAAAAUAAAUAUAAUCAGAUUUAAUUAAAAACAAAAAAAAUCAAAUAGUCUCUUCUUCUUCUUCUUCUCUGCAAGUUGUUCCCUUCAACCUAGAUCUGGUGAAAUACUCGAAGUCGUCGUCGGAGGGAGACGUCAAUGGGUUAUGGGCUAGCACGAAGGAAGAGAGGUACUGGUUGGGGUCGAGUUUCUGGGCAACGAACGAGAGUUCAGAUCCGACACAGGCAGGCGAGGCUUCAGAUCUAAUAUAGGGCGACGGAUGGGGUUUCGGAUUUGACAUAGAUGAGCUUGGUCGACUUCGACCUACAAAUCUGGGCUUGAGGAGGCGAGGUGGGGAGCUCGCGGAGGCUCAAUCAACAAAGAAGCCAUUGGUGAUGCCAGAGAAUUUUGUUUGCAACCUAGGGUUUUCCAGUAGUGAGUAUUUUUAUUCCUGCUCAGAAAAAAUCGAAUGCUCAUGAAAUUUUCAGUCGAGGAAGACAAUAUUGCUGAUGGCAGAGAAUUGUCCAAGCUUUUGUGUCUUUGGAUUUGUUCAGAAAUUUUUGUAAGAAGAUGUGUAGGACAUGAAAUUUGGGGAUAAUUUCAUAAUGAAUAUAAACAUUAUAAUCUAGACGGGAAUAAGGGUUCAAUUUGUUGGCAUAAUGACGUGGAAGAGACGAUUUGUUCGAAUUUUUUUAUUGAA